AUGGUUGAUGCGGUGAUCUCAUUUGUGGUGAACAAGAUUGGGGAUUAUCUUAUCCAAGAACCUGUGCACUUCCAAGGAGUGAGGAAAGAAGUGGAGUCGCUAAAGAAUGAAUUGGAAUGGAUGCAAUGUUUCCUCAAGGAUGCAGAAAGAAAACAAGUUUAUGAUGUUAUUAUAAGGAAGUGGGUAUCAGAUAUUAGAGACGUCGCUUAUGAUAUUGAGGAUGUCUUGGAUACAUUUAUGCUCAAAAGGAGGAGAAUUUCUGUUUACAUCAAGAAGUUCAGUAUCUUCAACAAAGGAGAAAAGGCUGUCAAUCAGCACAACAUAGGCAAGAAGAUCCAAGAGAUCAGACAGAAACUUGGUGAUAUUUCUCGGAAACGUGAACAGUACCGCCUUGAGGAUUUUGGUAACAAGGGUGAAGGAAAGGUAGAUGCUUUUUACAGAUUGAAGGAACUGAGAAGAGCCACCUCCUUUGUAGUAGAUGACCAUGUUGUUGGCUUUGAGGAUGAUGCUGAGAAAUUGUUGGCUAAACUUCUUGGCGGGGGGCCGCGGAGAGGUGUGAUUUCUAUUUUUGGUAUGGGUGGUUUAGGUAAAACAACUCUUGCUAAAAAGCUUUACCACAACUAUGAUGCCAAGAAUAAGUUUCAACAUCGAGCUUGGGUUUCAGUCUCUCAAGAUUACAAAACUCAAGAUAUUCUUCGAAGGAUUAUAAAAUUUUCCCACAUCAUGCUUGAAAGGGAGGAUGAAGAAUCUUCAAGAAGUAAGAAGAUGAGUGCAGAAGAGUUGGAGCAAGAGCAACGGCAGAUCAAAGAACGUCAAUAUAAGGAGUUGGAGAAGAUGAGUCAAGAAGAUUUGGAGCGGAAUCUUCGAAACUCUUUGAUUGGACGCUCAUACUUGCUAGUGAUCGAUGAUGUAUGGCAUAAAGAAGCUUGGGAGAGCUUGAAAAGAGCGUUUCCUGAUAACAAUAAUGGUAGUAGAGUCAUUAUUACCACCCGUAUCAGAGAAGUUGCUGAACGUUCGGACGAAAAAGUUCAUGUCCAUGAGCUUCGAUUUCUAAACCCAAGUGAAAGUUGGAAGCUUUUUUGUGAUAAAGCCUUUCAAAACUCAAAUGCGGAUAAGGAUUAA